AUGGAAUCCAGGGAAUUGAAAAGGAUUUUAACAUCAGUUUUAGAGCGUUUAAUAUGUCUUGAAGUUUUUUCCGCGGCAGCAGAAAUCAGUAAAGUCAAUGUCGAGGAUGAGGAAUCGUCUACUGAUUAUCAUCUAGAAUCAUCGAUUAUUUACCAUACUAACGCUUUAAUCAGACACACCACUAAUUUAUCCCAAAAACGAGACGGAAAUGAUUAUGUUGCCAAAACAACACCUAUUAAAAUUCGACAACAGGUCUACGAAGCACUCUCUCUACGUGCCUUCAAUUUAGCUGAUGUCGAGCAUCCUUAUAUCACUGAAACCGUGAAUAAACUUGUUAAAGAAGUAAAUAAAUAUCGUAAAAUUUUGGACGAGGAAAGAAAGAAUAAUGUUAGAAAAUCUGCUGAAGAAUUGGUACGUUUUGGCUUUAAAUUGUGGUUUGGAUUACAAGCUCAAGAGCCUACUCCAAAAGUUAAAUUCAACAGGCCAGGAGGUUCAAUUAAGCCCCAUUUAAUGCAAGGUGCCUGGGACAAAGAAGAAAUACAAAAUUAUGAAGUAGAACUUUGUUAUUUUCCUUCUAUAGUUUCAAAAAUAGGCGACCAAUUACAAAUUUAUAACAAGUCUGAAGUAUUAAUUAGACCCAAGUCCAAGUCGAACAAAACAUUCAACAAGCUUAAAAAUAUUAUCUUUCGUUAA